GAUCCCUCUUUCCAAUGUCGAGAAGAACGCGACUGUCAUCGAGUGACGAUAACGCGAUGCAACGUACCGACCACGAUAUAAUCGUGGACAUCAUGGUACCGACUGGCGUCGUGAGUCGUGAGUCGUGAGCGAAAACAAAAUAUGUCGUACUCGAGCGAGCUGUCACGCUCUCAGGAAUAUCUGAGCUUUCGCAGCUCCGUACCGCUUAGGAAAAUCGUUGUCGACGCCGACGGCACUAAGGGAUGGAAGGUGUACGAUUCUAAUCCAAAAACUAUCAAGUGCCCACUCAUAUGUCUUCCACCCGUCUGUGGUACAGCUGAUAUUUUUUUUAGGCAAAUAUUGGGUCUGGCUGCCAAAGGUUACAGAGUUAUCUCUGCUGAGGCGCCGGUAUAUUGGAGUAUAAAGGAAUGGUGCGACGGAUUCAGAAAACUGUUAGAUUACCUGGAACUUGACAAAGUCCAUCUUUUUGGCGCUUCCCUAGGUGGCUUUCUGGCACAGAAAUUUACAGAGAUAAAUGCACACUGUCCCAGAGUGGUAUCUCUGGUUUUGUGCAAUACUUUUACAGACACGUCUGUAUUUAGUUACAAUGAUUCCGCAGCAGUCUUUUGGAUUUUACCUUCGUUGGUACUGAAGAAAAUGGUAAUGGGAAAUUUUGCAACGGAGCAAGUUGACGGAGAGAUUAUAGAGGCAAUUGAUUUUAUGGUAGAACGGCUGGAAAGUUUAACGCAACCCGAAUUAGCGUCCCGUUUAACAAUGAAUUGCAUAAAUUGUUAUGUACAACCUCAGAAAAUAUGCCAUUUACCUGUGACAAUAAUAGAUGUUUUCGACGAAUAUGCGUUAUCAAAUGCAGUUAGAGAAGAAAUGUAUAAAUGUUAUCCAAAUGCAAAACUAGCGCACUUGAAAAGCGGUGGAAAUUUUCCAUAUUUAAGUCGAUCCGCCGAAGUUAAUUUACAUUUGCAGAUUCACUUAAGACAGUUUGAAGGUACGGAGUAUACGGCUUUAGAGAAGAUUAAGAUUUAGCGUAAUGUAUUUAGGAAAAAUACUUUACGUUAGGAAAAAUGUAAUAAAAUCCAGAAACUGUAUAUAAAUGUUGAUUAAACAGAGA